AUGUCAACUAAAUAAGAAUCAAUAGCAACAUUUUAUUCACCUAAAUUUGAAUAAUCAUGUCAUCUCUGUCAACAUGGAUUACAUGGUAUUGAACUUUAAACAUAAUCUAAUGGAGUAAUUGUAGGUGAACCUGUUGGUACUAAAUUCAUAAUUAUUUUAAAUAUAGUUGUUUAUUAAACUCCUGAUGUAAUUGUUUCUUAAACAUUUGGAUAACCCAUACCAGUAAAAAGAGGAAUCACUCAAUCUAAUCAAAAAAAUGUUUAUAGUACAAUUCCUUAGAGAGAGAUUUCAUAAGAAAAUUAAAUUCAAUUUAGUCCUAGACUAGUAUAAACUUAGCAAACUUAAUUAAAUCAAGUUAAGCCAAUAGAAUAUAAAACAAAAAUAACACCUAAAGAACAAUAAGGAAUUCAUCAAGCAAAACUUAAAAAUUAAUAAUAAAUUUAAACGUUUUAUUCUGGAUAAUACGAAGAGUAAUGUUAUUUAUGUUAAAAUGGUUUGCAUAGAAAAGAAGCUGCCACAUCUGUAUAAGAGAAUGGUAAAGUUAUUUUGUAUUUUUGUUAGUUGUAUAUUAAACACCAGAAGUGAUAUUAUCUCAAACUAUUGGUUAACCAAUGACUGCAAGAAAUACAACAACAAUCUAAAAUUUCUCAUAGAUGAUCAAUAGUCCUCCUAGAAAUGAUUUGAUGUAUUCUCAAUAAUAUUAGUAAUCUGCAAAUUAAAAUAUACAACUAAAUGUACCUCAAACUUAAUAGAUUAUUUAAACAAACACAUAAUAAUUAUAAUAGUCUCCUGUAUUACAAUAUAAUGUAUAACAACCUCAAAUCAUUCCUUAAGUUGUAUAAUAAAAUUAUAUUGCAUAAUAAAUACCGUAAGUGCUAGUGGAGAAUUAUUAGGUCAAUUCUGUUCCAGCAUAAAUUAUAUCAGAGACCACUACAACGAUAUAAGAAUAAUAAAUAACUGCUUAAGAAUAAGUUGAAAAUUAUUGGAGAUAUAAAGUAUAUGAACUUUAGGAAAGAGUUUAUGAAUUAAUGAAUUAAAUUAGCCUUCAAAAAUAAGGGAAUAUAUAACAUUAACGAACUGGAUCAUAAAUAAAAAAAAACACAGAAGACACAUUCAAAGUAAUUUAGACAUAAAACUAUUUUAGGUUGAACAAACUAAAUAAGAAAUUAUCUAAUUAGAAAGCUAAUUAAAAGGGAAAUAAAAAACAAGCAUAGAUUUAAGAAAUAAAUUAAAUGUCAUGAUAUAUAGAUAAGAUCCUACAGAUGAAACUACUAAGUAUAAAGAAUAAGAACUUUAGUAAUUAAGAUAAAAAUAUAACACUUUAAAUUUUAAACAUCAAAGUAAUGUAGAAGAUAUUGCAAUGACUCAAGCCAUUAUAGAAGCCAUAAAAAGCGGGAAGGGUUAUAAGCUUGUAUCUGUAAGAGAACAACAAUAAACUUCAUCAUAUAAUUAAUCAUACAAAGGAUAGUAGCAAUAUAAUUAAGUAUAAUGA